UGAGCAGUUAUGGAAUGAGCGUGGGUCCUAAGACAGUGGGCAUUACGGUCCACGCCCCUCUCUUUUCUCUGUGGAAUUAACCCUCGAUCUGUCUGCUACUUGUCCACCCAGAAAAUCACCGAUCACUCUUGUUACCUUGGAGUUGAAGAGUGUAUAAUACUUACUACUACUGCCUAUCAUUCUCAACCGAAGCAGAAACCCACAUCCUCAGGACUGCUAUUCCAACAACUCCCUAAUCCACACCUACAACGCAUAAACCAGUGACUUAUCUUUGCGGGACGGAGAGAUUACAAAUGAAAGACUUUGGAAUCUUGGAUUAUGCAUUUGAUCCAUUGAUCUUAGUAUGUUGCUGAGGGAGUUUGUCUUUUUUUCUUGUUAAAGAUUGGUGAUGGAGUCGAAAAACGGGCUUUCAGUGGAGGAUGAGAGUGGUGUUCUUGAGAAAUUGGACUCAAACGAAGAGGAGCAUCAUGUUGAUGAAAGUGAGAAGGUUCUGGAUGUAAAAGUCACUUCUGAAAAUGCAUUGAAGGCUGAAGAAGGUCUUGAUUCAUCUGGACUUGUGGUCAAACCAUCAGUUUCUGUUUCAAAAAGUAGAAUUUCAAAUCCCUUGAAAAAAGCACCAAACAAUGGUAGUUUAAAAGGCAGUAAAGUGGCCAAAGAUGGGCCUAAUUCGAAAGCCCCAGCUCCACUUGCUUGUAACACAAGGCGGAGUAUUACUCUGAGUCUAUCUUUCCCAGCAAGGGGACUUCGUACUGAUGUCAUGAAGAAGAGCGCUGAUGGGCACCCGGUGAAAGCUGAUGCUCAAAGUACCAGAGUGAAUGGGGGGAAGUCUGAGUUUUCAUCUUCAAAUGGGUCCCGUUCGAAUCCAACUAAUAGGCGAAAUUCCACCGGACCAAACUCAAAGGAAAAUGAUGGUGGGGCUUCCACUCGGCGGACUACUUUAGCAUCCCUUCCAAGCACUCAGCAGCCUAUAUAUGGAAAAUCUGGUUCUGGAAAUGGAGAUGUGAAGUUGCCUCAAUCCGAAGUUCCAUUGUCACUUGAUCAAGACUCAGAACAAGUUAAAGCUGCAUUUGCAACGAAAGAGAAUGAUGAUGCCCGCUCUACUACAUCAUCAAAUGCCGCUCCUGGUGGGCAGCAAAGGAGUAGCGGCUCUGUAUUUUCGUUCAAGUUGGACGAACGUGCUGAGAAGAGAAAAGAGUUCUUUUCAAAGCUAGAGGAGAAAAUACAUGCAAGGGAAGCGGAAAAGAGUACCUGGCAAGAAAAAUCAAAGGAAAGCCAGGAGGCAGAGAUAAAACAAUUGAGGAAGAGCCUGAAAUUUAAAGCUGCACCCUUGCCAAGUUUCUAUAAAGAGCCCCCUCCAAAAGUUGAACUUAGAAAGAUACCGACCACACGUCCAAUAUCUCCAAAGCUAGGAAGGAACAAGGACCUCUCCAGUGCUGCAACAAAUGUAUCCUCUGAAGGUAACAACCAAGAACAGGCAAAGACACCAAGAGUUAUCCGAGCAAAGUCUGAUAAGAGUGUUGCUGCUUCAAAGAAGCCAAUAAAGAAGUCUAGGGAGUCUGUUGCCAGUAAAGCGGAAGGAAAGCCAGUCGAGUUAAUAAAAGAGACGACUACAAAAGAAGAAAGGCAAGACCAGAAAACUGGUGUGGGAGAAGUGGUGGAAGAAAACCAAAAGCAGUUAGUGAAUUCUGGUGAUUUUAAAGACAGGACAGAAAUGGACGCCGACAAACAUAAUGGUCCUGGUAUGGUUUUAUCGGGUCCGGAGAUCCAGCCCGCCGAAGUUGCCGUUGGAGGUUGAAUGCAGGAGUGUUCUAAAACUUGUGUUUAUAAGUUUUGAAAGUCUUUUCAGGUUCCAUUUGUGUUCUGUUGUGAAUAGUGUGUGACUUUUGAAAAGAUAUAUGAACUGGUAUCCACAUGUUAAUAUGAAUGAUGUUUGUCAUUGUUUUAUUUUGAUCACCAGAACUAUGAGGCUGUGGUGAAAGACUGGUAUCAUUCUUUAGUCUAUUUCGUGUCUUGUGAAUUACUGUUCUUUAAUACUUAAUAAAAUAAAAUUGUUUGGUUGAGUCA